UAUUACUUUCAAUUUUGCAUGAACGGUCUCUGCGGGAACGCCCUUGACUCACACAAGUUCACAACAAAACAGCGACCAAAAGGAAACACUGCCAAAAUGUCCAUCCUCCGGGCGUCCCUGCUCCUGGUGGUGAUGCAGAACCUGGUGGCGAGAAGUGGAGCCAUCAAAUGCUACCAAUGCUCUACUGAUGAAGACCCAGAAGGCAAGGAUCUGUGUGGGGCAUACGAGAGCUUUGACGAGUCAGCACACAUUCCUGUUGACUGUCUGCAGGAAGAGUCAGUCACCCCUGGCACCUUCUGUGUGAAGAUUACCAAGCAAUCACCACGCAUGUUUAUCUGGGAUGGACGAUGGCGGACAGUGAUACGUCGCUGCUCAUCAGUGUCAGAAACAGGUGUGACCAACAUGUGCAACUGGGGACUGGAUGCUAACAGUGUGUACUGGGAGGAAUGCUACUGCACCUCUGAUGGCUGCAACGGCUCCUCCUCCAUCACCUGCAGUGGCACGGUGGUGGUGGUGCUGCUGCUUGUCUCCCUCGGGUACCUUGGUCGUCACUGACACUCCUGAUUGCUGCACAGUGUACAAACUUCAGAUUUUACUGCAGCUCAUUGUCUUUAAUUUUGUAUUGUUGUACUGAGCUAGCUUAGUGUAGCUCUCCGUAUUAUUAGUAAAUAUUGAUUUCCCAAUACAUACUUGUUGUAUCUGGUUAAAAUACUAAAUAAUAAGUUAAAAUUUUAUCUUUCUGCUAUGCAAUUUAUAGUUCAUGAGAAUAAUAUUUUUCAUAUCAAGUAAGGUGAUAGAAUCUGUUAUUAAAAUGUAUCCAACCAAAUGACAAGAAUGUGGAAAAAUAAUCUAUCUCAGAGUUAAGUUUUUAAGAAAACUUCCUUUCUUCUCUAAGUUAUAUAUGUGACAUAUUUGACUUUACAACCACAAUCUACUUGUCUUCCAAGUAGUUGUGGCUAUUAGUGGAAGUGAUAUAUUUGGAAUUCUGAAUACUGCAAAAUCAAAAUUAUAUGCACUCGUGGCAGCAUGAUCACUACACUGUAUCACUGACAUCAUUUUGAUGGCUCAUUAUGGCAGUCUUAUGUACUUGUCCUUUGAUCUCAUGCUAACUAGGAGAGAUGGCAUCUUGCUAAUGUGAGAACAUUGUGUUAUGUCAAAAGCAAGUUAUGCUUCCUUUUAUGUGCAUUACAAAAUGUUUCCAUCAAAAUGGCAGCUCAUUGAUUGUGCAGUCAUUUUAGUAUUAGGACUGACAUUUAUGAUGUCCAGGAUUUUUUAUGUAGUAUUUUAUUUACACAUUUCAUGCAACAUCUGCUCAACUGAAACUGUCCAUAAUGAGGGAUAACCAUAAGCAGUAUAAGUACCAGUGGUACCUUAGGAGGAAUCUUCUGGGUGAAACAAGCCAUUGCAUAACAUGAAUUUCCACUACAUAGCUACACUGAAAGCUAUAUAUAUAUAUAUAUA